AUGUCCAUCCAUGUAUCCGGCGCCUCCGGAUCCCUGGAAGCAGCUGUAGGGGUACGGACUCCCUUCAAAGGAAUAUGUAUACUCGACCUUAGAGUCAUCUCUGGCUCCUUUCCCGGGCCUCUCGUUCCGGGCCGCACACAUUCCGGCCACCCAAAAGGCCAAAACCACUCCCCCGUGCUCCGGCUUCUGGAAGCCGCUCACAAUCUUUGCCCCCUCCUGCUCCCGAGCGGCACUCCCAUCCCAUCCCGUAGGAAUCAAUUCAGCCGUCAGCGUGUGGCCGACGCAGACCUCUGCUCUUCACCCCCAGCCCACCCCCCUCCCUCUCCCCCACCCCACCCACAGCCUCACUCGCAACACACCUACCACGCGCAGCGCGCAGAGGGAGAUCGAGAUGGCGACGGAGCUCUGACGGCGGCGCAGCUGCGGGCGUACGACGGCACCGACGCGUCCAAGCCGAUCUACGUCGCCAUCCGCGGCAAGGUCUUCGACGUCUCGGCCGGGCGCGGCUUCUACGGGCCCGGCGGCGACUACGCGCUCUUCGCCGGCCGCGAGGCCGCCCGCGCGCUCGCCAAGAUGUCCAAGGACGCCGCCGACGUCUCCGGCGACCUCUCCGGCCUCUCCGACAAGGAGCUCGGCGUGCUCGCCGACUGGGAGUCCAAGUUCCAGGCCAAGUACCCCGUCGUCGCCCGCCUCGCCGCCUGAUGUGAAGUCAAUUCGGCCACCGGCACCCCUCUUCCGUCCUCAGCUACUAUCGUAUCCUCCUGUGACCAGCAGCUCCACCGUGUGUGUCUGUAUCUUGUUGCUCCCUGCGUAUGACCGUCAAAUAAUAAUCUGAGGGCGUGUUUGCUGGCGGCAAUUGGUGAACUGAAAUAAUAGUGCUGUGGUCUGUUGUUAAGAUCAAUGGAGCAACUGAUGAUUGAUCCUUAUAAUUUCCACAUUGUUUCA